AUGGUAUUCACAAACGCUACUCCAGACCACUGGUGCGCCCCGCCGCCAGAACUUGAGGGCGUGGAACUGCCUGAGGGACUCCUUCGUAAUCUCACUGUGCCAGAGUAUGAAGGGACUUAUGAAACAUGUUCCAGAUAUACCUUGGACACGAGGGCGUUGUUUGCUGCGUUGCACGAUUACGUCGAUGAAAGGACUGAAAUAAUUCACGAAGGAGGUGUGUUACGAACGAUAAAAACUCGUCAGUUGAUCCCUGCUAAAGAAUUCGAAGAUCGGAAAAAACAGAUUUCUAGAAUAGUAGAAGCCAUAACAUUACUCAGAAGCAAGCCAACGGGAUGUUUGAAUGGUUGGAGAUUCAGUACUGAACAAUAUGAAGCGACCCUUGUUACAGAGUUUUCUUUAGUCUGUGAGAAGGAAUGGUUGCCGCGGACAGGUUACACACUUUUUUGGUUAGGGUCUAUAUUUGGUAAUCUCUUCUUUGGAUGGAUGUCAGACAGAUAUGGCCGUCGUCCAACGAUAUUAUUAAUGAUUUCCCUAGAAGUGCCGUUGGCAAUAGCAGCUUCCUUUUCAAACUCUUACACGACCUACAUAGUUUUAAGAGUACUUGGUGGGUUAUUCUUUCCAGCUAUGUAUCAGUUGCCGUUUAUUCUUGCCUUGGAGUUGAUGCCACCCGCUCGGAGGACGCACGCAGGGAUAAUUGUAGGAAUGUUUUUUGCUAGUGGAAUGAGCUUGCUAGCGCUAAUCGCCUACAUUGUACGGGAUUGGUUUUAUCUAUCGUUAGCUACAAGUCUUCCAUUCAUAGCUUUGUAUGGGUAUUACUGGUUGUUACCAGAGUCACCAAGGUGGCUAGUAGGCAGAGGUCGAAUAGCUGAAGCAGAAAAUGUCCUUAAAACACUUGCCAAAAAGAAUGGCAUCGAACUGUCACAAGGAAUUCUUUUUGAUAUACAUAAGAAAAUAAUAUAUGCAGAAGAAAAAUCCACCAUGUUAUCCUCCAUUGAUGGAAACACUGUUGGAUUCCCUGAAAUUCUCGAUAAGAAUUGCGUUGAUCAUAGAAUCGGAAAUAUGCUUACUUCAAAACCUGAUGUAACCAAUGUUUCUGAAAAUUUUAAUAAUAAUGACAAUAAUGACAUAGAAAGUCUCUUACUUAGUAAAAACUUGGAAAAUAAAGGAAACAAACAAAACACACUUGACAAAACGAGUACCGGAGAACUGCAAUUAAAUGAAGACUUGAGGAAAAUAUCAAAAAUGAAUUAUUUUCAUGAAAAUUCUACAGGUAGUAAUUUAAAAAGAAAAUCACGUCAAUUGGUGAAUAGAAGUUUCCCUAAAAGUGACUGUGAAGAUAAUGUGGAAAUUAGUGCCAAUAAUGACCAUGAUUUGGAAGAAGAUUGCAAAGCAUCUAUUUUAGAUUUAUUCAGAUAUCCAAAUAUAAGAAAGAAUUUUUUUAUUCUGACUUUAGACUGGCUGUCAUUAGGAGUUAUUUAUAAUGGCUUAAGUUAUAAUACAUCGAAUCUAGGUGUCAAUGACUACUUGGCAUUUUUUAUCGGAGGAGUAGUGGAGCUUCCUUCAUAUGUAAUCGCUUGGCAUUGCAUGAAGCGUUUUGGUCGCCGAUGGGUACUUUGCAUUUUUAUGUGCAUCGGCGGCUUAGCUUGCCUCAGUUGCGUAUUAGUCCCAGAAGAUAGACCAUGGGUGACUGUGUGCUUGGCAAUGCUGGGUAGACUUUGUGGGGCGGCAUCCUUUGCCGUAUUUUACGUAUUAAUUGGAGAGUUUCUUCCUACGGUGUUGAGAUCGCAAGCUAUGGGACUGGCUUCAUUUAUUUCGGGCUUGGGCCUUCUAGCCUGCCCUUAUAUUGUGCAUUUGGCUGUAUACGGCAGAUCACUUCCACUCAUAAUCAUGGGUAUACUUAGCGUGAUGGCGGGUAUUUCGUCGCUGUUCCUACCUGAAACCCUGAACCAACUGCUGCCUCAGACUUUGGAGGAUGGCGAAAUGUUUGGAAGGGAUUUUAAAUUGUUCAGUUGUGUUGAUACACCGAGAAAGGAACAGGGCUACAAUUCUACAUGUACAAUAUAA